CUUUAAGAGUGGUGACGCGCAGUCGGUUAGCUAGCUUCCUCCGCAGCAGGGUGAGCUAACGGGCUGGUCGCUCUAAUGCCACAAAAACAUCAGUAGUCGUCUUUAAAGCGGGUUUUUUUGUGUUUUUUUAACUUUGAACUACUGAUGUCUUGGGUCAAAGUUGUGUCGGGCGGUGGUGAGGACGUCUUCGACGAGAAAGCGGACGACCUCAACCUCCUGAGUAAAGAGUGGACCUCCAACAUGAAGAAACGAGUCAGGGAUGGUUACGUAGACGGAGUCGAUGCCGGGGAGGAGGCCUCGCUUCAGACCGGUUUCAACCAGGGGUUCCGGGAGGGAGCAGCUCAGACUGUGGCAGUGGGCCGCCUCAAAGGAAUCGCAAGUGCUAUAUGGUGCUGGUGCCAGAUUGAGCAUCCAGAAAAACCCGUCCCAGAUUCUGUGACUGAGCUCCUGCAGCAGGUUUCAGAGCAUGAAGACAAAAUCACAGAUGGCAUCAGGAAGGCUUUGGAGAAUCCUCCUCCCAGUGUGAGCGACGUCUCUGAGAGCAUGGAGGAUCUGGAGGUGGAGCCGGCAGAUCGGGGCUGUUGUGGAGAGCGAUGUGAAGAGACGGACUGCUGCAAGAGAGGAGAAGAAAUGGACCUGGACAUUCCUCACCAGCCACAAAAGCACUGUUCAGGGUCCACCUACUGCUCCUCCAGCUCAGGUGAAGGUCUAAACCUCCUCCUGCAGCGCUGCGUGGAUGUAGUGUCAGACCUCGGACUGCCGCAGGAGCUGAUCAGUCACAUAGAGGGGCUGAAGAACAUGUAGUGACUGAAGACCAGGGACCAAAAUCACAGCAGGUGUGAAGGAGAACGAUACUUGAAUGGGCACAUGAACUAUGAAACAAAGCAGGUCUAAGUGUAAAUUUCUUACACACUGCAAUGAAGUACUUUUGAUGUAUAUAAAGUAAAAUAUGAUUUUUCAAUCUUUAGUAUUUUAAGAAUGUUUGAAAAUAAAAAAUGGAUUUGUAAUAUUUAA